UUGGGGAGGGCAGAAGUCCUAAAGGUUAUAUAGGGCUACACAUGGUAAUGUUCAUUGUCCUUGAACUAUCUUGUAGAAAUUUGAAUUUGGAACCUCUAGCUAUAGUAUUAAAAUUUAGAGGAGAAAUGUUGGGCCAAAGAGGCCAAGAAAUACCCAAAGAUACAUCACUUAAGGAGAUUUUUCUUUGGAAUAUAUCUUGGAUGGAAUGAUUACAUUUUAUUGUGAAAUUCAAAUAUGAUAUUUGCCUUUUCCACUGUAUUUAUUUUGGUUUCCAGUUGGCAGAGUUACCCUUUAGCUGACUUUUAGAUCACAUUAACUACAGAGGACGUCUUUCCAUGUUUGUUCUUUUUGGAUGUUUUGUCUUGGUUUGGGCCAUUCUUGUUUCCAGUAUAUAUUCUGUAAAGAGCAUUACUUAUUUUCUUCUCUUUCUCAAAUUUGGAAACAAAAUGACAAGUGCCAGUUGUAUAUUUAUUGUGUGCUCAUUAGUAUCUGGAAAUGUUAAAGUUGAUGAGAAAUGGUGGAAGGAUAUUAUGCUUUGUUGGAGGUCUUCAUCUUGGAACCGUCUGACCUUGUCCUUUCUCCCCUUUUGUUUUGUUUACAGUCUCUUUUUUGAAGUCAGAAAUACACUCUCUCAUGCUGAGACUGAUGAGUGAAGUGUACUGUUUCAUAGGUUGACCUCUCAGUUUCAGUGCUAGCCAGGUUGAUUAGCAACAGUUCUAGUUAUAUUCUGUAUGAGACUUUAUUUUCCUUGCAUUUAUUCAAAUUGGCCUCAUGUCAUCUCUCCUUUUCAAGUGGAAAAGAUUUGUUCUAUCAUGUUCAUAGUAUGACUUUUGAGGUUUGACUGAAGUAGUGCUAUACAGGUAGUUGCUUUUUACUUUCUUUUAGAAUAAUAUGUGUUGCUUGUGGCUUUACACUUGGGUUGGAAGGAUUGGCAAAAGCAAGGAUCUUGCCUUGGUUGGCAACCCCCAUCCAAGGUUCGAGCCCCAGAGUUGUCAAUUUAUCCCUUGUUGGUAGGUUGCUGAGUGCUGGGGUCUUGCGGGGCCCAUGUGAACGCUGGUGAAAUGUGCCAACUUCACAGGUGUCGAAGUCAUCUUGAGGCUUGAUUGCGGAUGCCUGCGGGUCCUACCACCUUCAGUGGGGUAGUGUGGGCUUUGGGACGUUGCGGGGUUUGUCUACUCUCAAUUGUAAACUGGCUCGGGGCCCAGAUGUUUGUUGGGCUCCUGCCAAGGCCUGCCUUGGGAGAUCGGGGAAAACAGUCGAUCAUAAAGUUCCUGGGCCGGGGGAUCUGCCUUCCCCCUCCCAAAUACUGUUCACCAAAAAAAAAACACUUGCUGUUAGAUGGCUUUUGACUACUUAAAGUAUGAAUUUAAGGCACUUGAGUACUCAUGCACAGCACUUGAUUUACUUCCGUCUGAAUGUGGCAAGAUUCUUCUUUCUUUCACCCAAUAAUUGUUGCGCCAUUUGCCUGAGUAACGUGAAAAGAGGGCAAGGUCAAGCCAUCUUCACUGCUGAGUGUUCCCACUCUUUCCACUUCGACUGCAUUGCCAAAAACGUCGAGCAUGGAAAUCUUUGCUGCCCUAUCUGCAGGGCCAAAUGGGAUAGAAUUAAUGUACCGUUCCAAGCUCCCAAUGAUAGUUUGGAUCCUCAGCGAAACCACUUGGGCAGUAUCCAUCCUCAUCCUGAGCCCUUCUCUGACGAUGAGCCUUUACUUACCAUCUCUUCUACUCAGUCAUCUGUCUCCCAGAGUGUGACAAUUAAGAUUCACACAGAGUCACCUGCGAUCUCUGCUUCAGAAUCACGCGCAAAUUUUCCUAUGCUUGUCAGCAUUCGUGCACCACCUCUUGAGGACCCUAAUGGCCACAGUCGUACACCCGUUGACCUUGUAACAGUUCUGGAUGUAAGUGGCAGCAUGGGUGAAACAAAGCUUUCCCUUGUCAAGAGUGCUGUCAAAUUUCUCAUCCUAAACUUGGGGCCUUCAGACCGGCUGUCUAUAGUAUCAUUCUCAACAACUGCUACAAGGGUGUUUCCUCUACGAAGAAUGUCUGAUGAUGGCCGUGAGAGUGCCAUCCUAGCUGUUGAAUCGCUUAGAUCAAGUGGUGGAACUAGCAUUGCUGAAGGACUCAAGAAAGGAACUCAAGUCCUUGAAGAACGAAGGGAAAGGAACCCAGUUGCUAGCAUCAUGCUCUUAUCCGAUGGCAUUGAUUCAUACUAUCCAGGUGGAAGCCAAUUGAAGAACCAAUUGCCUGCCUCUAUUUUUUCUACCAAAACAGAACAUGGAAUUCCAGUCCACACAUUUGGGUUUGGCAAGGACCAUUGUCCAACUACUUUGCAUGCUAUAUCUGAUGCAUCAGGCGGAACCUUUUCCUUCAUUGAAUCAGUUGAGAUGAUACAAGAUUCCUUCGCUAUAUGCAUUGGUGGUCUUCUCAGUGUUGUGACUCAAGAAUUGCGACUGACACUCAAGUCAGCAACACGUGGGGUGAUGAUUGUUGCAAUACCAUCAGGGAGAUAUUUCAGUGAGAUUUCUGACAAGGGCAAGCAAGGUGUUGUUACUGUUGGAAAUAUGUACGCAGAAGAGGAGAAGCAAUUUCUGGUAUACCUCUUUGUUCCGAAAUCCUCAACAAGUGACACCAAAACAUCAUUGUUGGAGGUGUUAUGUAUGUAUAAAGAUCUAGCUGCAAAUGAGUUGAUUCAGGCUCCAGGUGAAAGAAUAGAAAUACUAAGACCUAAGGUUUGUUCCCCUGCUGAAAAGGCAGUGUCUUUGGAGGUUGAUCGGCAGUGCAACAGAGUUUCAGUCGCUGAAGCUAUUGCAGAGGCACAACGGAUGGCUGAGAUGGGAAAUCUGAAGAGUGCAAAGGCGACUUUGGCUCAAGAAAGAUCAACUCUCUUGUCAUCACCAGCUGCCCAAGCCGGGGACAGCCUCAUUACUUUGCUUGAAGCUCAGCUCACUGAAGUCAUUCAUAGAAUGGCAACAAUGGAUUCGUAUACACUGACCGGCCGUGCUUACGCUCUCUCAGAAAUGAGCUCGCACUCAUUGCAAAGAGCCGCAGCUACAGGUGACUCGACAACCUGGAGUCUCACCAUGAGUGAAGGUGGAAAUUCUGCCACCAGUAGUGGUGUGUUUGAAACACCUCAUAUGAGCAGAAUGCUGAGGUUAUCGCACAAUCUUGGGACUAAUCCUGCAGCAUGACAACAACUAGUAUACUGAUUAACUAAAUAAGUCUUGGCUUGACCCCAAUUUGGUUUGUGACUAGGAUACAGCAUUAAUCAUCAACUGCUUCAGCCUUCAGUAAUAGACUGAUCGGAAACUCAAGAAAUGUUUUAUAUUUCCGAUCAGGAAUUGCCUUAAUAGUUUGUAUGGAUUGGAUUUAUCUUAUAAUAGAGAAGAUCAGUACUAAUAAUUCGAUUUUCUAUUUAUU